AUGGGGCAGAUCAGAAAGAAAGUAGCAGCUCGAGGAGGGGAAGGGGGGGUAAAAUAUGUUUGUGAUCAGUGUUCGGCUGAUAUUACCUCGACAGUUCGCAUCCGAUGCGCCGCACCAGUUUGCAACGAGUAUGAUCUCUGUGUACAAUGUUUCUCGAGCGCAGAGACUUCGGCGAACCAUGAGCUAUCUCAUGCCUACCGUGUUAUCGAACAGAAUUCGGUUCCCAUCUACGACAAAGACUGGGGGGCUGACGAGGAACUGCUUCUGCUUGAAGGUUGCGAAAUAUACGGGCUAGGCUCAUGGGCUGACGUCGCAGACCAUAUCGGAGGCUACAGGGACAAAGACGAGGUUCGCGACCAUUAUAUUGACACAUAUGUAAACGCUCCGCCAUCAACAUUUCCUUUACCAGCGCGCGCAAGUCUAAAAGACAGGUCUUUAAUCGACCAAAUUCCGAGGGAACAAUUUCAGACGCUGAAGAAGCGUAGGAUAGAGGAAAGGAAGGAAAAAGCAAAAAAUGCUCCACCAGCUCAACCCAAAACAAAGCCAACUGCUAGUGUACCUUCAUGUCAUGAAGUUCAAGGUUAUAUGCCUGGGCGGUUAGAAUUUGAGACGGAGUUCUGCAAUGAAGCAGAAGAAGCAGUCCAACUGAUGCAGUUCGAUCCUGGAGAUGGAAUCAAUCCCCGGACUGGCGAGAUGGAGCCCGAAAUGGAGCUCAAAAUGACGGUGAUGGAUAUUUACAAUACGCGUCUUACCCAACGAGCUGAGAGGAAGAAAGUUAUAUUCGAACAUGGACUUCUCGAGUAUCGGAAAAACGCUGCCUUAGACAAGAAGCGUACGAAGGAAGAGAGGGAACUACUCAACAAAGCCAAGCCAUUUGCAAGGAUGAUGAAUAAGAACGACUUCGAGGACUUUACCACAGGUCUCACCAAAGAACUACACCUCCGUGCAGCAAUCUCCCAGCUUCAAGAAUGGCGGCGCAAUGGGGUAGAAACCAUGCGCGGAGGUGAGAAGUAUGAACUCGAAAAGUCACAACGAGUUCAGAACAAGCAACCGAUGGGUUCACUAGACCGCGAACGCCUAGCCAGUUCCCAACGCAGCGCAAAACCACCACCAGUCCUCGAAACACCAUCUGGAGUAGCCGCCCUCAUCGCCCCCGACCUCGCCCCCGGCCUAUUAGCAGACACACCCCUCCCCCACCGCACCGCCCUCGCCGAAAAAACCAACGGUGCUCUCACCAACGGCCACACCAACGGCGCCUCCAUCAAACCCAAAUACACCAUCCCCCCUCUCUCUAACGUCACGCCCCUGAAUCUCACAAAGGAAAACGCACCAGACAUCCACCUCCUCACACCCGAGGAAUGCGAGCUUUGUCGGAUGUGUCGUAUCCAGCCGAAACCGUAUCUGGUGCUUAAGGAACGGAUUCUGAAGGAGGCGGUCCAGGGAAAUGGCGCGCUGAAGAAAAAACAGGUCAAGGAGCUUUGUCGGGUUGAUGGGCAGAAGGCGGGUAGGAUCUUUGAUUUUUUCGUUAAUGCCGGGUGGGUUGCUAAGGCGUGA